ACAGCCUAAUUCCAUGCAUUUGCAUUGCAUCAACAACUUUUAGGAAACACCUAAAAAAGAAGAAGAAGAAAGAACAAGAAUGGGUUUCAUCGCUUAUGAAACAAAAACAAUUUCCUCAAUUCCACCAGCAAAAUUGUUCAAAGCUUCUGUUCUUGAUGCUGACAUUCUAAUCCCUAAAAUCCUUCCACAAGCAAUCAAGAAUGUUGAAAUCCUCCAUGGUGAUGGUGGUGCUGGCACUAUCAAGCUCAUCACCUUCGGCGACGGUAGCCAAUUCAAGAAUAUGAAACAAAGGGUUGAUGGAAUUGACAAAGAGAACUACACAUACAAAUACACAAUCAUUGAAGGAGAUGUUUUAAUGGAUGUUCUUGAAUCAAUAUCUUACAAUAUUAAAAUUGAACCAUAUGAAAAUGGAGGGUCAAUAUGCAAGAACACUAGCACUUAUCACACUAAGGGUGAUGUUCAAAUCAAAGAAGAUGACAUUAAGGCUGGCAAAGAGAAGGCUGCUGGACUAUUCAAGGCUAUUGAGGCUUACCUCCUAGCAAAUCCUGAUGCUUAAUAAUUUGUGUACUCAGAGGCGGAUCUAGUGCAGGUUCAGUUGGUUCAUAUGCAAAUCAUAUUAUCUUUACUUAAAUUGAAUAAUCAGAGGUGGAUCUAGUGCGGGUUUUAGUGAGUUCACUUGAAAAUUAUUGAUUUUGACCUAAAUUACGUACUCAGAGGUGAAUCUAGCAUGGAUUUCAAUGCGUUCAUUUGAAAACCAUUACUUUUGACCUAAAUUACGUUGUCAAAGAUGUAUCUAGUGCGGGUUUAGUGGAUGAUCAGAUGAAAACCACUGAUUUUGACUUAAUUACAUAGUCAGAUCUAGUGAGGGCUUAGUGGAUUCAACUUAAACCCAUUGAUUUAACCUCAAUCACGUAUAUAUAUAUAUAUAUA